CACACACACGCAUUGUUAAUUUGUUACUUUGACAAAAAAAAAAUAAUCUUCAUCUCAUCCCCCAAAAAAAAUCAAAGCAUGUCCUCAUCGGAUCAUCCGACACCGACAAAUGAUCCACCGGAUCGACCGUCGUCCUCAAGCAAGGCAGCGUACCGCCACCAACCGCAAACGCAAUCGCAGCAGCCGAGCCGCUACGAAUCGCAGAAACGCCGCGACUGGAACACCUUCCUCCAAUACCUAAAGUCCCAGAAACCACCGAUCUCCAUGUCUCAGUUCGAGUAUUCCCACGUGCUCAGCUUCCUCAACUACUUAGACCAGUUUGGUAAGACCAAGGUUCAUAACCAAGCAUGCGUGUUCUUCGGACAACCCGAUCCACCGGCGGCGUGCACGUGUCCUUUGCGACAGGCGUGGGGAAGUCUGGAUGCUCUGAUCGGACGGCUGAGAGCGGCUUACGAAGAGCACGGCGGAGGAUCUACGGAGAGCAACCCAUUUGCGAACGGAGCGAUUCGAGUUCACUUGAGGGAAGUGAAAGAGUCUCAAUCCAGGGCUCGUGGAAUUCCCUACAGGAGGAAGAAGAGGAAGAAGACUUGUGGUGUUACUACCAAAAACGACGUCGUUGUCAAGAUGGAACCUCCAAACUCCUCUGCUCACUCCUCCGCUACUUGAUCAAAGAUUUCCCUAGCUAAACGGUGAUCGGAAAUCUUCGGUCGUCAGAGUCUGACACUAAUAAAAACAGUGUUGACAAGUGAAAGUACUGUGUGUGUGUGUGUGUUUAUAAGAUACAAGGAUUUGGCAUAGUCUUUCCACAAUGGUUAAUUGCUCGGAGUUUGGUCGGAAUACUAGGAUGUUGGUUAGGAUAUAAACCUAUGCUAAUUCAUGUUUGCCUUAGUUUUUUUAUAUCUAAUUUCAUGGAUAGCUUAAAUCAAAUACAGAAGAUCAAUGGAAAAAAGGCAUAGAAUGAGCGUCUGCCUAAAUAAAUGAGUGGCCACUAAUGAAUGUUUAGAUGUAUGUAGCUUUUUUUUUUAAAAAAAAACAUAUACAUAUAUACAAGGAUUGGAGCAAAGCAUAGCAAUAAAAUACUCUCUGGUCAACCAAUUUUAGUAGUGUACAUUUAGACUGUGAGACAUGUUCAAUACACAUAUAUAUACACACACUUUGAUUUGGCAGAUAUAGAACAAUGAUGGUAUUAUCAUGUGACAUUAUCGGUAUAAACCAACGAAAUAUAUGCAAAUGUGUAACAUUAUUUUUCUAGGGAAUUAUAUCCUCACACGUCCAAAAAUAUCUAACACAAGGUGCAUCGUAAAUCGAAACCUCUAACGUUGAUAGUGUGGAAUUUUUGUAUUAAUGUUAAUACAAAGGUAUCUAUAUAUCUCA